AAAACAAAUAAUAUUUUUAUUAUACAUACACAAAUAUAUAUAAUACAUGCAACUAUGUAUAUGUGCAUGGUGGGGCAUCUUCAUCUCGCCUAACACCGAGGGAAGAGAAGAGUUGAACCUAAUGGAGGCGGAUGGUGAGGUAAACCCAUAGCGAAGACGUGCCUGCUACGCCAAACGUGCGCAGCCGCUGGGGCCCCUGCAUUCUCUGCAACUCUUACUCCUCGUUAUCCUUUUUCACUUUCCUCUUCUCCAAAAGCCAGCUGCUUCCAUGGCUACCUUACGCACCAGCGCUCGCUUACCCGUUUCGGCGCCGCCUCCCUCUCCCAUCCCCACGGCAAAAGGUUCGCGAUCCGCCGCCGUCGACGACCAGAUCUUCUCCCAGCAGCUCGAGAAAUCACUGCAAGUGCCGGAGCUGACUCUGCCAGCGCCGCCAUACUUUUCGGCAGGUACGCACCGCCCGAGCCCGGCGACAAUCGAUUUCCGGUCACUCGUGGCAAGAAAUGGAAACGCGGUCGUCCGGUUUUUGCAAUCAGCUAAACGAUUUGGUGCUGUUCGAAUCAUAGGUCACGGGAUUUCGGUCGACGAAUUGUUGUCUAUGGUCGAAGAAGCCGAAUGGGUUUUCGGAAUCUCGGUCGAACAAAAGGCGAAGUUUAGCCGAAACUACUUUAUGCGCAACCGUAAUGUGGAGGAGUUCGCGUGGUUUCGCUCUGACGAGAUGAUGUCGGAAUUUGCACGACAAGUUAUCGGGGCCAGGAAAUAUCGGAGUUUCAGGGAAAAGUUGGAUAAUAUUGCAAAUAAACUCGAUGCAGUUGCACAAGAAUUAGGCAUGGUUUUCUGUGAAAUUAUGGAUGAGAAAUUUCAGAAAGAAAUCCAGAAGAAAACAUCAAUUUUGAGCUUGUUUAGAUAUAAUCAUGAUCAUGAUUUCAUGGACAAACAGGAUCAAGCGGUCAAUGAGAAAAAUUACAAAUCAAAUGAUCAAACUUUGAGCCUCCACCUUCUCCUUCAGCAAAAUGAGUUCCGUGUCCAAUCAGGGCAGGAUCCUUUCUGUUUCCAAACAGGCCCGGACACCAUUGUUGUCACUCUUGGAAAACUGUUCCAGGAAUGGAGCUCGGGAGAAUUCAAAUCAGCUGCUGGGGAAGUGAUCUUUGAGCAAGACAUCCAUGGAAGCCAAGUCUCCUUCUCCAUACACCACAAGUGUUGGCCUUUCAAUGAUCUUACCAACAUUAAUAUUAAUAAUAAUAAUAAUAAUAAUAAUAAUAAUAAUAAUAAUAAAUUGAUCUUCAUAAAAGAUCAGAUUUUAGCCGCGGUGAUCAUGGCAAUUCUAUAUGAAUUUUUUGUGUUCAUAUCUUCGCAGUUUACAAGCGCAUAAAAACUGUUUAAAGAAUUUAAGGGCAUCCAAACACACCAUAAAUAUUUACACUUUUAUAGUGGGAUUCUUAUUUUUGGAGUUUUAUGGUUUUAUUUUUUUUUUAUUUUUUUUGGGGUUCUUUAAAUGUACAGUCUGGGUUUGGUUUCGAUGGUUUGUAUAGAGUGGAUUUGAAAGUGGUCUGGUAAUAUACAAGCACAAAAAUUUUUUUCAACAUAAUAAUAUAUAGAAUUGUCUUGUUGUUUGGCUUGACUUUUU